AUGAUGGUUAUGAUGUUACCCAAAAAUGGUCCUUCUUACAUCUCCACACCUCAUCUAGCUCAUCAGAGCCUUUUCAGCCUCAACUGCCUUGCAAUGAUGCUUUGGGGAAGUUGUCGUAUGAUGAAUCAGAGACACAAAUUAAGAGUCCAUGAGGGAUACAUAUUUCAAGUGAAAGAUGCAUAACUAAAGAUCUUCUGCAAGAAGCCAGUGGUUUAUGCAAAAUCCUUUCCAAAUGAAACAGAGAAAAAAAAAUGUAAAAGUUACUAA